CUCUGCGGCCCAGGAUCCGGGCUUCUCUGGCUGAACCAUAUCUCUGUUUUGCAGCUUUUUCCGGCUCCUCUGCAGACUUUGUCUAAGAAAAUCGUCCAGUCCAGAAUGAACAGCAGCGCAGUGGGCGUGUUCAUCAUCAUCCUCGUCUUCCUCUCCUCCUUCGUUAACAUGUUCAUGUGCAGCAAGAGGAACCUGAGGGAGUGUCUGGCCGCCGAGUACAACGUCACCCCCAUGAACGUCACCGCCUGUUGGGUCAGGGACUCCGCCCUGAAUUACAGCCUGGCCACUGAGAGCGGAUUCUGUGGAGACUCCGCCCCAAACUGCAACUUCCCCGAGUAUUUCACCGACUGCGUCCUCCUCAGCCUCCUCGCCUGCUCCGUCUUCCUGCACAUCAGCAGCAUCGGGAAACUCAUCCUGAUGCUCAUCAUCAACUUUGUCUAUGUGAUGAUCGUGGAGGUCCCGCAGGUGGCGCUGUUCGACAAUGCGGACCUGCUGGUGGCGGCCAAUCAGAUCGAGUCCGGCAACUCGACAGAACCCUGCACCAUCGACAGAGUGGCCCUGAAGAUCGCCACGCCGAUCAUAAUCACGGUGUUCGUGUUGGCGCUGUAUCUCCACGCUCAGCAGGUGGAGUCCACGGCCCGGCUGGACUUCCUGUGGAAGCUUCAGGCCACGGAGGAGAAGGAGGAGAUGGAGGAGCUCCAGGCCUACAACCGCCGCCUCCUCCACAAUAUUCUUCCCAAGGACGUGGCCGCCCACUUCCUGGCGCGGGAGAGGCGCAACGACGAGCUCUAUUACCAGUCGUGUGAGUGCGUCGCGGUCAUGUUCGCCUCCAUUAGCAACUUCUCCGAGUUCUACGUGGAGCUGGAAGCCAACAACGAGGGGGUGGAGUGUCUGCGGCUCCUCAAUGAGAUCAUCGCCGACUUCGAUGAGAUCAUCAGCGAGGAUGAGUUUCGGCAGCUGGAGAAGAUUAAGACCAUCGGCAGCACCUACAUGGCGGCUUCGGGACUUAACGACACGACUUACGACAAGGCGGGAAAAUCGCACAUCAAGGCGCUGGCCGAUUACGCAAUGAGGCUGAUGGAUCAGAUGAAAUACAUCAACGAACAUUCGUUCAACAACUUCCAGAUGAAGAUCGGGCUGAACAUCGGACCGGUGGUCGCCGGCGUGAUCGGGGCCCGCAAGCCGCAGUACGAUAUUUGGGGGAACACAGUGAAUGUGGCGAGUCGCAUGGACAGCACCGGAGUGCCGGAGAGGAUCCAGGUGACGGCGGACCUCCAGCAGGUCCUGGCAGCCAACAACUACUCCCUGGAAUGCCGAGGGGUGGUGAAGGUGAAGGGGAAAGGAGAGAUGACCACUUACUUUCUAAACCACGGCCCCCCUAGACCGAGUUAGCGGGCCGAGAGACGCUACCAAAACCCAACCGUGCA